UUGUGUUGUCGACCCUGUUUCGUUGUUGUGGUUGAGUUUUCUAUGUUUCCAAACGGCGAACGGCCGAGUAAAUUUUAAAUUCUAACGGGUAUUUUAUUUAGCUCAUGUUAUGAUUUCAGGAAGAGUUAAUCCCCUUUUGCUUCCGAUUUUGAUCAGAAGGAUAUCCUUUCGCGGUUAUCAUCGACAUUCACCGCUCUGUUGCCUCUCUUUGACUGACAAACAGCUGCUGAUAGUGAGGCAUUGGGGACUUAUCUCGAACCUGGGGUCCACCUGCAGUCACAGAGGUGGAGGUGUACGAAACGUUAUGGCAGGAAAAUCAAGUGAGGCUCCUAAGCACUCUAAUAGACUGUCCUUAGAGCGAUCACCAUAUCUUCGGCAGCAUGCCAACAAUCCUGUUCAAUGGUUUCCUUGGGGGGAUGAGGCCAUUGAGUUGGCUCGGAAAGAGGGCAAGCUGAUAUUUUUAUCAGUAGGCUAUUCAACCUGCCAUUGGUGUCAUGUGAUGGAGCGAGAAAGUUUUGAAAAUGAAAGUGUCGCUAAAAUAAUGAAUGAAAAUUACAUUAAUAUUAAAGUUGACCGUGAAGAACGUCCUGACAUUGAUAAAGUGUAUAUGGCAUUUGUUCAGGCGUCCUGUGGAGGCGGUGGCUGGCCGAUGAGUGUCUUUUUAACUCCUGAUCUAACACCAGUUAUGGGUGGUACAUACUUUCCUCCUGAAGACCAACAUGGAAGACCAGGAUUUAAAUCUGUACUGCAGAGUGUUGCAAAAUCUUGGAGAGAAAACCGCCAGAAAUGUAAUAAUACGGGCAAUCGAAUUAUGGACAUUUUAAGAGAAACAACUGUUCUAGAAAUACCAAUUGCUGCCCAACUCAUCACUGGGGUUCCAUCUCUGGAGGAGUGCGCCCCAAAAUGUUAUGAGAAAUUGGUCCAAAUAUAUGAGUCCCGAUUUGGGGGGUUUGGUCAUGCUCCCAAGUUUCCUCAACCAUCUAUUUUUACAUUCCUUUUCCAUUUUUAUGCACGUGAUCCUUCAUCUGUCAAAGGAAAGAAAGCAUUAGAUAUGUGUUUAUAUUCACUGAGAAUGAUGGCCCGAGGUGGAAUUCAUGAUCAUGUGGGACAGGGCUUUGCUAGAUAUUCAACUGAUAUGAAGUGGCAUAUACCUCACUUUGAAAAAAUGCUUUAUGAUCAAGGACAAUUAGUAGUUGCAUAUUGUGAUGCCUUCCUUGCUACAAAUAACUAUUUUUAUGCUGAUGUUGCUAGAGACAUUCUGAAGUAUGUGGAACGGGACCUAAGUGAUAAGUCUGGUGGUUUUUAUAGCGCCGAAGAUGCUGACUCACUGCCUACACACGAUUCGACUGAGAAAAAAGAGGGUGCCUUUUAUGCCUGGACUUAUGAUGAAGUGCACGAGAUUCUAAACCAACGUGUUGAAAGCUGCCCGGCUGGCAGUGACGGCAAGGAGGUCACAAACGGCGACAUCUUCUGCUUCCACUACAGCGUGAAGCCUGGCGGGAACGUGAAUCCCAGCUCCGACCCGCAUGGCGAGCUCGUGAACCAGAACGUGCUCAUCAUGUUCGGCAGCGAAGAGGAGACCUCGAAGCACUUCCUGCUCCCCAAGGAGAAGGUCCAGGAGAUCCUGCGCGAGAGCCGCGACAAGUUGUUCGAGGUGAGGGGCCGGCGUCCGAGGCCGCACCUCGACGACAAGAUGCUGACCUCCUGGAACGCGCUCAUGAUCAGCGGCUUCGCCAAGGCCGCGCAGGCCCUGGGCGACGACCGGUACGCGGAGCGGGCCGUGAAGGCGGCCCAGUUCGUCAAGAAGCACCUGUACGACGCGGCCAACAAGCGACUGCUGCGCAGCUGCUACCGCGGCGACAACGGCGGCGUCAUCCAGAUCGCCAACCCCAUCGGCGGCUUCCUGGACGACUACGCCUUCCUCAUCCAGGCGCUGAUCGACCUGUACGAGACCACGUUCGACGCCAACUGGCUCGAGUGGGCCUUGCAGCUGCAGGAGGUGCAGGACGCGCUGCUAUGGGACGAGGGCAGCGCCGCGUACUUCACCAGCCCCAACACGGACCAGACCGUCAUCCUGCGCAUGAAGGAAGACCAGGACGGCGCGGAGCCGAGCGGCAACACGGUGUCCGCGUGGAACCUGCUGCGCCUGGCCGCGCUGCUGGAGCAGCCCGCGCUGCAUGAGCGCGCCGAGCGCCUGCUCGCCAUCUUCACCUCGAGGCUCACCAGCCUGCCGCACGCGCUCCCGGGACUCACCGCCGCCCUCAUGAUGCACCACGACUCGCACACGCAGGUGUUCGUGACGGGCAAGCUGUCGGACCCGGACACGGCGGCGCUAGUGGCCGAGGCCCGCAGGCGGCUUCUGCCCGGACGCGUCAUGGCCCUCGCCGACGGCAACCGGGAGUCCAUCCUGUACCGCAAGUCGGAGGUGUUCCAGCGUCUGCGGCCCCAGGGCGGGCGCGCCGCGGCCUACGUGUGUCGCCAUCACGCGUGCUCGCUGCCCGUGACCAGCGCCGAGGACCUCGACAAGCUGCUGGCCCCAGGGCCCCGCUAGACACAUAUGACCUGUCCAAUAACAAAUACAUGUUCGUAUUUUUGUGUUUUUAUAUAAAGACAAACAUUGUUAGUUGACGAAUAGGUCGUUUUUUGUGUUUUGUUUAGUUGUUGUGCGCUUGCAUUUUAACUGGUGUAAGUAUCUCAUUUUCUCCCCGGUGCGAUUUCGAUUGCUUUAGAACGCCGAGCGAUGUAUUUUUGUUCGUAUACGAUGACUGCAAGGAUACUCAUUAUUGGAUGUUUAGGAAAAUGGCUGUGCUCAUGUGUAACGUUUUGUCUUUGUGAAAUGACUGUUGAUAUUUAUCGUGUAUCGUGUUUCAUUUUUUAUGCAUUGCGAUUAAAUUGUCCAUCAUAUUGCAGUGUGCUUGUUAUUUAGUUUAUAUCCACUCAUGCGACCAACAAAAAGCUCUCUAAAUGGAAUGCACAGUAUGAAGAGCCUGCUGUUGUUACGAUGGUUUUGUGAUAGUAAGGUAGCAUAAUCAUAUUAUAAACCUCUUUUGUUCAUUGAAAUUUACUUCAUGUCAUAAAUGUGAGAAGCCAAAUAAAGUAAAGGCCUGCCAAGUCGAAAUGCCAAACAAUA